UGGAUCGGAAUCGUCCGCCCGGCGCUGCCUGCGUUUCAACUUCAAGUCCGUCACUUUUAUUCCUCCACCGUCACUUUGGCCGUCAACUAGAGGCCCAUGACCGUCCUCACCAGUGUUCUCGGUUUCUCCUUGUUUGGCCUCGCUGCCAGGAUGGGGCAGCUCGGCAUCCAGAAGCGCAACUUAAUGUCAAAUCCUGCAGGCCAUCUCAUUGCCAUGGGUGUCUUUGGUUACGCGGGUUACUGGGCACAUGUGUGGGAAGAACGGUCGACCGCCCUCAUUGCUGAGAAGCAGGCUCAGAUCGCUGAGCGGCGAGCGAAACUAGCGGCUGCCCAAUCUGCGGACAGCUGAGCACUGAGAAAGAUUUGGCUGCUUCACAGGAGAUGGAGGUGUGCGGUCCGCUGCUGAAAGGGAUCGUACUACGUCUGACUCUAUGGCACCUCUCCAGGGGUGGGGUAUAUUCGACUAUCUUCUUAGGCAAUGUGCAAGUCAGAGAAUGCCGUAGCACAUCAGCUCAUGUUGUCGUCCUCAGAUUGGAGCAAAAUACACAAUGGUACAUUGUUCGCUUCAGUACAAGGAAUACACAGUUUCGACGGAGUUUACAAGUUACAACGCAUGCAAAGCCCCCGCGAACGAGGAAGGAAAAGCAAAC